AUGAGCAAAUCCGAAUUUCACCGUGCCGAUGAGCGACGCUUCCUCGACGAGCGUGGCUCCUCAGGCCCGCUCGCUCCCAACGGCCUCAACCCGGCCACCAUAAUGGAGAAGGCGGUUCGCGAACGCAUCAUCGACAGUUACUUCUACAAGGAGCAGUGUUUCGGUGUCAACGAAGCAGACAUUGUGGAUCGUGUUGUCGAGCACGUUGACUUCAUUGGCGGCGUCUAUGGCACCGUCCAGAAGCCCUCGCCCUUCCUCUGCCUCGCCUUCAAGCUGCUGCAGCUCGCGCCCUCAGACGACAUCCUCAACGAGUAUCUACAAUUUGGCGGCGAAAAGUUCAAAUAUCUACGCGCGCUGGCGCUGUUUUAUAUCCGUCUCACGAGGAAGGACCAGGAUGUGUACAAGACGUUGGAGCCGUUUCUAGAGGACAGGCGGAAAUUGAGGAGGAAGGGUAGAAACGGCACUAGUCUGACGUAUAUGGAUGUCUUUGUUGAUGACCUAUUGACCAAAGAUCGCGUUUGCGCGACGAGUCUGUGGAAGAUGCGGAAGCGAGACAUCCUGGAAGAUCUGGACAUACUUGAACCACGGGUCAGUCCCUUGGGGAACAUAGAAGAUCUCUUAGAAGAGGAGGAUGAGGCAAUGCGCAAGGCAGAGGAAGAGCAGAAUAAUAACGGCAGCGAAAGCGAGGGAGAGGUCAGAUCAAGGUCACGGUCAAGAUCGCGUACGCUUAGGUCCAGGUCGAGGUCGACAUCUUAUUCGCGGUCCCGAUCGCCGGUGACGAGGAGAAGGUCAAGGACGAGAUCGAGGUCAAGAACACCGGAAGACCGCAAUGGCGGGGAAAGAAUGGAUAUCGACGGACCAGAGUAA